AUCGUUAAAUUCAGAGCGUUGCCCGGUCAGCUCGGACUCCCGGGGGACACCGUCGGGCUAACUAUAAAUACCUCAGCCCCGGAUCAUCCGGACAUCAGUACCUCCUGCUAAGUUUCCCGACCGAUAUCACCUCUGAAAUGGUCACCAAGUUCUUAGUAUUCGCCAUGGCGGUGAUCGUCGUCGUCGAGUCCGGGGUGAUCCCCGCGGCUGCCCCCGUUGCUCUGGCUCCGGCUCGUCUCGUCAGGACCGACGAAUUCGACCCCCACCCCCAGUACACCUACGGCUACGACGUCCAGGACACUUUGACGGGGGACGCGAAGAGCCAAUACGAGACGAGGAACGGCGACGUCGUCAGCGGACGUUACAGCCUCAUAGAAGCCGACGGGACGCGUCGCGUCGUCGAAUACACGGCCGAUCCGAUCAACGGAUUCAACGCCGUGGUUCACAGGGAACCAGCGGUCGUCAAGGCCGUUCCCGUUGCUCCCGUCGCCCCCGCGGUGCCAGCGGCGCCGCUGUUCGCAGCGCCGGCCUACCCCUAUCAUCACUAACGGAAGGCGUCGGGCGUCGCGGCGCCCGCUUACUAUUAGAAAUCCGUUACUGUAACUGUGUACAUAUCAUGUUUAUAUCGAAGAGUAAAUAAUUCGUAUGCGAAAGAGAAAA